GCGAUAUCAUAGAACCGGUAUUGAGAAUACCACAUUGCCCUAUUCUCAGUCAUUCCGAAUAUUUGAUUUAAAAAAAUUUACAUUUAUUUUUUACUAAGCAUUAAAAGAGAUCUGACAUAAUUUAUUAUAUGAUUUUAAUGUGAAUUCUUAUGCAAAUAGUAAAAAUUAAUUUCUAAUAAAAAUGGGAACUGUUCAUGCGAAGGAAUCAAAUAUGUUUAGAAAUACAAACGAAUCUUCAAAUAAUGAAAGACAAAAUUUCAAAAAAGAUAAUCCUUCUUCACAUAUUCAUGAGAAGAUGAAUUUAUUUGAAAAAAGGAAAGAGAAAUCCAUUGAUCUUCAUUCAGUGAAGGCAAAAGUUGAUAGAAUACAUGUAGAUGGACUCAGAAGAACAAAAGAUGACAUAAUAAAAGCCCAAGUAACAGAAUUGUUUAAAGCUGAAGAUUUUUAUGAUAUUAUUUUACGUGCCUAUAAAGUGAGAGAAAAAUUGCAAGGUUUAGGAUGUUUUGGGAAUAUUGGAAUUUACAUUGAUACCAGUCAAGGUCCUCAUGCUACCCCAGAAGGCGUUGAAGUGGGUCUAUAUAAUUACACACUAAUUCAACAAAAAAUAAUUCUUUUUCAGGUUACUUUUAUAGUACAUGAAAUGAGACGUCUAACAGGUGGAAUUAGCACUAUGGUUGGAAAUAAUGAAGGUUCAGUUAUUAUUCAAGGAAAAGCACCCAAUUUAUUUGGAAGAGGAGAACGUCUUCAGAUGGAAUACUCUUAUGGUUCAAAAAGUUCAACUAAUAUAAGUAUAUCUGCUGUUAAACCAUUUAUAGGCAGCUGGCAUCAUAAAGUAUUAACUGGCAGUGUAUUUAACACAUCAAAUAGGUUCCCAUGGUCUGGUUUUAGUCAAUGUGAUAAAGGUUUAUUAUUAGAUAUUGCUUUUAACACAGAUGGGGCAGGUAUACUGAAGCAUAAUUUACAAUAUGAAGCUACAUAUAGGGAGAUUAUUUCGUCCAAACAAGCGUCGUUUCGCGUUAGAGAACAAUGCGGUCCAAAUUUGAAAUCUGCACUGCGACAUAUUUGUUCCAUCGAUAAAAGAGACUCGUUAAUAUUUCCUACUAUGGGAAGUCUCGUACAAUUUUCGACAGAAGUAGCUGGUCUCGGAGGAGAUAUUGGAUUUGUUAAAAAUGAACUUAUCAUGCAAACUAAUUGGACGCCUCAUGAAUAUGCAACCUUCCAGCUGGGUUUUCAAUCUGGAUUGCUUCGAGGAAUCAGCAAUGAUAUGAAAAUAAAUAUCGCCGAUCAAUUUUUCUUGGGUGGACCAUUGAAUCUUAGAGGAUUCGAUAUGAGAGGUUGUGGACCUCGUCACGAUGGAAAUUCAAUUGGAGGCGAUGUAUAUUGGGCACUUGCGCUUCAUUUAUACACACCACUGCCAUUUAGACCCGGUCGUCACGGUUUCGGUGAUUUGUUCAGGUUACAUGGUUUCAUCAAUGGUGGAAAUGUAUCAAAUUUCACUUUCAAAUUUGCGAAUGAUUAUAAGGAAAAUAUGAAAAUUUUUAAGGAAAAUGUUCGUUGUGCAGUUGGCGGGGGUAUUGCGAUGAAACUUGGAGAUAUAGCGAGAGUAGAAUUAAACUUAGUUAUGCCUUUGUUAUUUGUCAGAAGCGAUGUAUUGCAACAAUUUCAAUUCGGGCUUGGAUUGCAGUACUUAUAAAUAACUUUUUGGGAUAGUAAAUUGUAUAUUCUAUACUAUUUUUAUGUCAAUCGUACGCAUUUAAUGUAAAAUAAAUUACGAUUAUAAAUUUA